UUUAUUUGGCAUUCAGUCAAUUGCAAGACGUCAGACAAGCGAGCGAAAGUAUCGGACAGUAUUCAAAAGUUCCAAUCUCUUUACCAAGUGAAUUAUAAACCAGUGAACGUGCUAUAAACUGUAAAAAUGUCGCUGUAUCCAUAUUUUUUCGAGUACGAGCGCCCAAGGCAAUACCCACGCCGUCUCCUUGACCAGCAUUUCGGCUUGGGCUUGACACCGCAGGACCAGUUGACCAUCAUCGCAGUUCCUCAAGCAUCCCGGGACUACUACAGACCAUGGAGAAACCUUCAGGCUGCAUCCCAGGAUACCGGCUCCACAAUCAAAGCCGACAAGGACAAAUUCCAGGUGAAUCUCGACGUCCAACAUUUUGCACCGGAGGAAAUUUCUGUCAAAACUGUGGAUGGUUAUUUAGUGGUUGAAGCUAAACAUGAGGAGAGGCAGGACGAGCAUGGGUACAUAUCUCGAAGCUUCUGCCGGCGGUACGCUUUACCAGAAGGUAUUGACGCGGAUUCUGUAAUGUCUAAAUUGUCGUCUGACGGCGUGCUGUCGAUCACGGCGCCAUUGAAGCCCCCACCGAAAGAAAACAAUGAAAGAGUCGUGCCUAUUAUUCACACGGGGCCUGUGAAGAAGCAAGAAAGCCAGCAGGAAGUCAAGGAAAACCAAGGCUAAAAUAUUAAUUAAGUGUUAGUGGAUAAAACUUGUGUUAACCACCGUAUCAUUCCGUGCUCUCGUUGUGUUGUGAAGCUGUGAUUCCUUUUGUAUUUGAUGCUACUUAUUACUUUAAUUAAAUGACGUUCUAGUCAUAAAAACGCUAA